GCAUCAUUUUUCGUUCUUACCUUAAACAAUUCUUUGUUCUGUGAUUUUGCCGGGAAAGUGACAGCUGCUAACGAUUCUAACCUCAAAUUUUACCUCUGUCUUGUGUUCUUUUUUGCCACGGCCGUUACAAAAACUCGUGUAGUCUCCCGACAUUUUAAAAAAUACGUAUUCUUUAACAUAAGCAAAGUAUAAAUUCUUCUAAAUUGUCCAAACAACUACAUUCAAAAUGUUUUGGGGUUUGAUAAUGGAGCCUCAAAGGCGUUACACACAAACAGUAAAGAAAGCCUUCCAUAUCUCCAUGGCUGCAUUAGAUUAUUCCACAUCUUCAGAAGAACCAGCCCAAGUCAUGUGUGGUUAUGAGGGCCGAAACUACCUUCUUUGCACGUUGAGGAAACCAGACGUUAUGCAGUGCCCAUUGGAUUUGAAUUUUGAGGUUGGGACUGAGGUGUCUUUUGUUUCAAAUGGAAAAUGUCAUGUCCACCUAACUGGGUAUUUGACAGAUGAACUCCCUGGUGAGUUUGAUGUAGAUGAGGAGGAAGAUGAAGCUGCAGAUGAGGAAGAGUUGACAGUUAAAGAAAAAAAGAAAAACAAGAAAAGGUUAAAAAAAGCCAAUGAAGAUGACAAUUCACCUCCGUCAAAGAGGGCAAAAAAGGCAAAGGCAGCAGAAGCUGAUGAAAAUGAAGAGGAAGCAGACAGUGAUGAAGAAACGGAUGAUAGUGAUUUGGAUGUGAAGGCACUGCUCGAGAAAUCUUUUGGAGAUAGUGAAGAUGAUACUACAUUUGCUGCUGAAGAGGAGAGUGGAGAAGAAGAGGAAGAUAGUGAUGAUGAAGAAGAGUUAAAGCUGGAGGAAGACGAAGAGUCGGAUGAGGAUGGUGAAGACGAGGAAGACGAGAGUGAAGAUGAUGAAGAGGAUGAAGCGAACGUCAGCGUCAAUUCCAAAAAGAAUAAAAUGAUGAACGGCGGCCCUAAAUCUCCCGUCACCCCCAAGCCGAAAGAGAAAAAACAGAAGGACAAAAGUGGCACGGAAUUCAAGACUCCGACCAAGGAAGCCGCCGCUAAGUCGCCUGCCAAAGAAGCCCAGUCGCCUAAAAAGAAGUCGCUUCAAGGUGGAGUUAUCAUCGAGGAGGUACGCGAGGGACAGGGACCACCAGCUAAGAACGGAAAAUUCGUCAGUGUGUAUUAUGAGGGUAGGCUGAAACAGAACAACAAACUCUUUGAUUCCACCACAAGAGGGGCCGGUUUCCAAUUCAGGCUGGGCGGUGGAGAGGUCAUCAAAGGCUGGGAUGUUGGAGUUGCUGGCAUGAAAGUUGGAGGCAAAAGGAGAAUCAUCUGUCCACCAGCUAUGGCAUAUGGAGUGAAAGGUUCUCCCCCAGCCAUUCCACCAAACAGCACGCUCGUUUUUGAAGUAGAAUUGAAAAAGGUUAAAUAAGUUCAUCAUUCUGUUAAAUUAUUCACGUUAUCUGUUAAGUGUACUCUAUGUUACUUUGUAAGGUGUUUUCUACUGGUUUAUUCGAUUAUUUUUAUCUUUACCUGCCUAAAACCGUUAAGAACUGAAAUAUAAGUAUUUUUUAUUA